AUGUUCUUGGCGGCGGAACUCCACGCUUAUCGGGGAAGCUUUUUCUCCGUCCUCAACUCUAUCCACCACCACCAGUCUAUACACACCUUUGGCUGCACAAACAGAUACAGCAUCCAAAUGUUUCGAUUCCUGCUCCCACGGAGGUCUUCCUCCCUCCUCUCCUCCACAUCCACACCCCGGUCCGUCUCCCCAUGGACAUCCCUCCAAGCCUCUCACACUCGCUCGUCUCCAACUCCGACCCUGACAUCGACGCGACCAUUCUCCCACACAUCCGCAACCCUCUCCUUCCCAUUCCGUCUCAGCUCCAACCCCUCCAGCACAUCCGACACGCACCCGCCCCUCGACGGCGAAUACUACAGCCCGUAUAAACCCAAGCGCCAAUGGCCCCCAGAUAUGUCCAAGCUCUCCCCCAAGCACCAAUUCCGCCUCGAGCGCAAGUACCGCCGUCGCGCGGCGCUCAAGUUCGCCCGUCCGAAGUGGACCAAGGCGACCAAGCUGGCUCAGUGGACUGCGAUUGGAUUUGUUCUCGUCUAUGCGAUGCUGUUCAUGGAGUGGGAUGAACGGGGAAGUCCGUUCGACGAGAUUCGGAAAACCUUCUUUACGGGCGUCAAAGGCGCCUUCUCUACUCCCCAGCCGCCCCGACCUGUCGCUAAAUCGGACGACAGUACCAAAGAAUGA